GACUGGACACCCCCAACCAACAGAGCAAGAACAAGAACAAGUCAGUGCGCAACAAACACAAAACAAACUAAACCAACACACUACAAACACAACUUCAGCCCAAUCACCUCACAAAUCGAACGAUCAAACAGGAACAUGUCAUCAUUCUUUGGAGGACUUGCUGGAGGAAAACAGAAAACGGUCAUCAAACCACGCAAAAAUUUACCUGAACAUACUAAACAGUAUCAACUCAAGAAAUAUGCAGAUGCUACCCUAGGAUCGGGAAACCUGAGAUCAGCAGUGACUCUUCCGGAAGGAGAAGACUUGAACGAAUGGCUGGCGGUCAACACCCUCGAUUUCUAUAAUCAAAUCAAUAUGCUCUAUGGGACGGUGACCGAGUUCUGUACGCCUACCGAAUGUCCGGUGAUGAAUGCUGGCAGUCGGUACGAAUACCACUGGCAUGAUGGCAAGGAAUUUAAGAAAGCUACUAAGGUCUCUGCUCCGGAAUAUGUGGAGUAUCUGAUGAAUUGGGUUCAGGGAUUCUUGGAUGAUGAGAAGAUCUUCCCAUCCAAAAUUGGACAAGAGUUUCCAAAGACGUUCAAGUCGACGAUCCAAUCGAUCGUCCGCAGAUUAUUCCGAGUCUAUGCCCAUCUCUACAACCACCAUUUCGCCCAGAUUUGCGCCUUAGGAAUCGAGGCGCAUUUGAACACGUCCUAUCGUCAUUUCUUCUUCUUUAUCGACGAGUUCGAUUUGAUCAAAAAAGACGAGUUGAUACCUUUGGCGGAGUUGAAUGCAAGCAUCAUUUCAGGCGAACUUAAUAGCCAACAACAACAGCAACAACCACCCAAAUGACCAUCUUCUUUCUUCUCACACCCUCGACUUCAAUUGUACUGCCUGUAACUCAUCAACAACAACUCCAAGAAGAACAGCCCCCUUCCUUUUUUUUCCUUCAUCCUCCCUUUUUCCUUUGCAACCCAUGAUUCACAUUCUCGUCUUUUAUUUUUUUGGCCUAUAAUCAUCAUCAUCAGUUUCUUUAAUCAUGUUGUUGGUUUUUUUUUCUUUUUCUUUUUUUUUGAAGAGGAAGAGAUAGUUUUUUUUCCGUUCUUCUUUGUUAGUUAUGUGACUUUAAUAUAAAUGGGUAGUUUGUUGUUCUAGAUUAUUGAUUGUUUACUACAUGUUAACCAAAAUACUUCUUUUUAGAGUUUCAUUCAAUUUGCUAUUUAUUGUCCCGUACCUUUUUUUUGGUCUAUCAUUUGGAGACAGGAUUUUGGCUGAGUGAU